AGGUCGUAUUUUACCGUACCUACCCACAGAGGAAAACGUGCUGCCCAACCAGUGUCCCAAGUGCAAGAGGGUGUACAAAUGCAGGAUCAGCUACUUGGCACAUCUGAGGCACGGUUGCGGCGAUGCGGACAUGCGGUUCACCUGUCCUUCCUGUCCGUACAAGGCAAGGCAGAAGGUCCAGCUCAAGAAACACCUCGCCUUCAAACACAACGGCAACCCCGCUAAUAUAAUAUUCUUACGAGCAGGCUUUUCCCCUGGAUUUCCUUGUUCAGAUUGCGGCCGAGUUUACAAAUACAAACACAACAUGGUCUACCACAGGAAGCACAGUUGCGGCCAACCGGACCGCCUUUCCUGCAUGCACUGCGACUACAAAGGAUCGGCCGUCUCGCACCUCCGUUUCCACCUUUAUUCCAAGCACGCCGACAUCAUCGCCAUGAGGAUAAAAGGGAAAAUAAGCUUAUGAGCUUAUUUUCCCGUACGUUUUCUAUAAAAAAAAAAAAUUAAUUCAGGUCUGUUUUGGAACUUUCCACAAGACCACUCCUGGGGAUGAGAUCGAUAUGCAACGAAAACGGUUUUCUACAGCUACAAAUUGAUAACAGCCUUAUAUUUCAGCCGACUGAGAAAUAAAACUUGUAACAAAAAUUUGUCUUGUUUAAUAAAAUAAUAAGAUAUUUUUUAAUUAUCUUUUUUCCUUUUAUUUUUUUGAAAUAUGUGCCUCUAUGUAUAUGUUAACAUGAAAUAACCUUUUUUACUCGAUUGAUUUGUUUUUAAAAAAUCUAAAAAUUUCAAUUGUUGGCCUGAAACAAGCUUUAAUUACUACAGGAUUUAUUCCUAUCUGCUAAAAAAAAAUCUUUAUAUUUUGUAAUAUAUUGGAUUAAAACCUCUGACAAAAAAAUAUAUAUUCGGAAAUUUCUUUUACUCCAAAACCUAGAUUCCAGCAGAUGAAUAAGGGGAUUUUUUCUUAGGAGUUAAUUUCAGGGAUCCGUCUGUUCUCGCUGUGAUCUACAUUGAACAGUUGAUGGGAUUUUUUCAAAAGGCUAAAAGUUAUAAGUACACAAAUGUGAUAUUUAUUCUUUGAUUUGGCAGAGAUUUGAUCAAACGUUAUCAACUCUGGUGAAUUUGUCACUUGAGUCAAAUAGAUAUGGAGGAGAGCUUUUUGAAUUUACAGCGCUUUUUUUAAGUA